CGGGUUUGACUCCAUGUUGAUUUUGUACAGCCUCAACUAAGUGUUUCUGUCUCGCUUUAUAUCCCUGAGCUCAGUGUUUUGUAGCAAUGAAUGCGGUCGUGGUCAUUUGUGGUAUUCUAUUGGCCCCGACUACUACUGCGCAAGCUCCGCCGGAGAUCACUCCCUUCAAGUUACCCCCGGAUUUAGUUGAGGGGCGCCGUUUAUCACUGUUCUGUUCACUUACUAUUGGUACCCCUCCAAUAUCCUUCUCAUGGGCAAAGGAUGGCUAUGCUGUGGGCUCGUUACCUGGUAUAAAGGUCUUCCACGUCGAUGAGUAUCAAAAUGUGUUGCAAAUCGAAAAUGUGUCUGUGGAUCAUGUUGGCAACUACACCUGUUCUGCUAAAAAUGCUUUCGGCACAGAUCAAAUGUCAGUUCGAUUGGCUUUGAAAUUCAAGCCUCGUUGGACUAUGUCUAACAUUGAGCAGGAUAAAAAAAUUCUUACUGCAGUGGCAGGUCAAAGUCUUGCUGUAGACUGCAGUGCCGUGAGUUACCCGGCACCAACAAUAAAAAUACUCAAAGGGAAUCGUGAGCUAAAUUCUGGCGGGCCACAUCAAUUACAGUUGGGUGUCAUGACAAUCAAGCGUGUAGAGCCCGCAGACAAAGGCGAAUAUACCUGUGUAGCAGAAAAUGUUUUGGGAAAGAUUCAGAAGACCUUGUUCAUCGCACUUAGCGCGCCUCCCGAUAUCAAUCCAUAUAAAAUACCUGAUGAUCUGGCCGAAGGUAAACGGCUUUCGAUCAUGUGUUCUGUCAGCUCCGGCACGCCUCCGAUUUCAUUUUCGUGGUAUAAAGAUGGCAAUCCUAUUACCAAUUUAACGGGUGUAAAAAUCGCUCACAUAGAUGACUUUCAAGAUCAACUACAAAUCGAAAGUCUCUCUCGAGAUCACGUAGGCAACUACACAUGUAAUGCGAAGAAUAUAUACGGAGCGGCCCGUAUAGCUGUGCAAGUGGUGAUGAAGUUCGCACCAAAAUGGCUGCUUGACCAACAGGAUACUGCAACAGUCACUAGAAUUGUAGGAGAAACCGUGGAGAUUAAUUGCCGCUCUAAUGGCCAUCCAACGCCGGAUAUAAAAAUAUAUAAAGGAAGUCGUGAAAUUCUGCUGGAUGAACGUAUCCAGCGGAAUCUUGGUUUACUCGUCAUUCGACGUUACCACCAGAAAUUACACAGCACCGUAUAUCUGACGACUUGGAAGAAGGCCAAAGGCUUUCCAUAA